GGUGGGUGGUAAUUUGACCGUAGUCGUCGUCCUCUGUGAGCCGAGUCUUCAGUCGCCCUUCACCGCGCCAGUAAUUACUUAUUUCGGCUAAAACAGACACACAGCGUCGGACAUGGCUGGGGUUCUUGCUCGGAAAGCUCUCGACCACCUCAAGAGCAAAGAAUUCCGGGAUUAUUUGACGAGCACGCAUUUCUGGGGUCCUGUAGCAAACUGGGGUCUCCCCGUGGCUGCCAUCGCAGAUAUGAAGAAGAGCCCAGACAUUAUCAGUGGCAGGAUGACCUUUGCUCUGUGCUGCUAUUCACUGCUCUUCAUGAGGUUUGCCUACAAGGUGCAGCCACGCAACUGGUUACUUUUUGCCUGUCAUUUGACCAAUGAGUCUGCACAGCUAAUACAGGGAAGUCGUCUCCUCAAAUAUAACAUGGAGAAGAAGAUGGCAUCUCAGUGACAGCGAGCAGAUGAUGGAGAACAUAUGCACUGCAAAGUGGCACCAUGCUGUUGAAAAAAGCGAACUAAACCAUCAACGUUUUAUCUAAUCAUUGAAACUCUGGCACUUAUGCCCCGAUAUCACCACAAUGAAUUAUCCUCAUGAAAUUUUAGUCACGUUUUAUUGUACAGAAAGCAGAUGCUUGCUUCAGUGAUUUAAGGUCAACUGCUGUGAUUUAUUUUAAUGAAUGUAACAUUCAACAAGACGCACAAAAAAAUGAUGUAGGUGAAAGUAAUUGGAGCUAACCAGCCUCACAAUUACUACAUGAUUUGCAUUUUGAAUAAACUGAGUAUUAACAUCUUUAUUACUGUACCCAGGCUUACAAUAUUGACUUUUAUUCAUAACCUUUACUGAAACACUGACCCCACACAAAGCUUUAUGUUUGUUGUUCCCUGGAGCAAGAUAUAUAUUGGAAACCGUGUAUGAGGAGCCAGGAUUUUUCAACCAAAUUUUUAAAUCCUAAUGAAUUGCUAUGGAUUUUGUUUAAUGUGGCAAAGAUGUGUGUUCUGUGUAAAUCUUGUGUAAUUUGACUGGAUUGGCCAAGGUUAUAAUCCUACAGGACUGCGAGAGAUGAGCGACUUCUGUCCGUGCUGACUAAACACACUGUGUGUUGCUAAUGAUGCCUUUCACAUUAAUUUAUUGUCACUGUUAGACUUCACAUUAUUAAUUUCCUGUUUGACAAUUUGAUUCUCUGGGUUUGUUAUAAUAAACUGGCAAUAACCAACUUGAACACA